CUAAUAACCCAAUUGCUAAUUCCACUUUUCUAGAAGUCCCAUCAGUGCCAGCUUGCUUUCUCCUUCUCUAUCUGAAACCCCACUCACUCUGGACACUGUUCUUUUAACUCUCUCGCUCUGUUCCAAUUGUUUUGGUUUAUAAAUCUUUUUUCCAUCAUCAUCCUACCCUUUGCUAGUGCUGCUGCAUAUACUUCAUCCUACCCCUACCUGUUCUGGUUCUCAUGCGACGUAGUUUGGAACUUUGACUUCAAAUGGCAUAAAGAAAUAAAACAAGGAGUGCUCAUUCUUUUAAGAAGAAGAAGAAAGAAGAAGAGAAGAGAAAAAAAAUAGAAUGUCAAAUUAUUCAUUCUUGAAUGAUCAGUUAUCAAAACGAACAUCAAUCUUUGGUCUACGUUUAUGGGUAGUUCUUGGUAUAUGUGUAGGAGCAGCUAUAGUUCUUGUUCUUUUUAUUAUUUCCGUUUGGUUCACUUCAAGACGAAGCAAAACUAACAAGAACUCUACUUCACACUCAACAAAAUUCAGGUCUUAUCUCUAUAACAACAACCACAACCACAAUCCGACAAUCCCAAAUGUCUCCAAAGAAAUUCAAGAAAUUCGACUUGACCCGAAUCCUAACCCGAAAGCGCUUAGUCCUGAUCCAGUACCCGAAUCAGAGCCAGUUCUGCUUGAAGAGGAGACUAGUCCUGUUGGUGGGAGAAAUAGAAUUCAUAUUGAAAUUGGGAAGGACCAUAGAAUUUCUUACCCGGAGCGGGCUGGCGGGUCGGGUAAUGGAAGUGGAGAGACACGGUCCAGCCCUCGUUCUGGUGAUCAGGCUGGUGGUGCGAUUGUUGUGCCAGAGGUUUCACAUUUGGGGUGGGGACAUUGGUAUACUCUUAGGGAACUUGAGGUGUCUACUAAUUGUUUCGCUGAUGAGAAUGUGAUUGGUGAAGGUGGGUAUGGGAUUGUGUACCGUGGUAUUUUGGAUGAUAAUACUAAUGUUGCUGUCAAAAAUUUGCUUAACAACAGGGGACAAGCUGAGAAGGAGUUUAAGGUAGAAGUAGAAGCAAUUGGUCGUGUACGGCAUAAGAAUUUGGUCAGGUUGCUUGGUUAUUGUGCUGAAGGAGCUCAUAGGAUGCUUGUUUAUGAGUAUGUUGAUAAUGGAAACUUAGAGCAGUGGCUCCAUGGCGAUGUUGGGCCUUGCAGCCCUCUUACAUGGGAAAUUCGUAUGAAUAUUAUACUCGGAACAGCAAAAGGGUUGACAUACCUGCAUGAAGGGCUUGAGCCUAAGGUUGUUCAUCGUGAUAUCAAAUCAAGCAACAUUUUACUGGAUAGGCAGUGGAAUGCUAAAGUAUCUGACUUUGGCCUUGCAAAACUCUUGGGCUCAGAGCGGAGUUAUGUGACUACCCGUGUAAUGGGGACAUUCGGAUAUGUAGCUCCUGAAUAUGCAAGUACAGGCAUGCUUAAUGAAAGAAGUGAUGUAUAUAGCUUUGGGAUUCUUCUUAUGGAAAUCAUCUCUGGAAGAAACCCAGUUGAUUAUAGCCGUCCUCCUGGAGAGGUAAAUCUUGUUGAAUGGCUCAAGACAAUGGUUACAAAUAGGAAUGCUGAGGGAGUUUUGGAUCCGCGGUUGCCGGAGAAGCCUUCUUCAAGGGCACUCAAGCGUGCCCUUUUAGUAGCAUUACGCUGUGUUGAUCCAAAUGCGCAAAAGAGGCCAAAGAUGGGACAUGUGAUACAUAUGCUUGAAGCUGAUGAAUUCCCAUUCCGAGAUGACCGCAGAACUGGAAGGGAGCAUGUGCGUUCUAAUCGUGAGGGUAUGAAAACAGAUAAGCGUGUGAGUGAAUCAGGUGAUAGUAGUGGUUACGAAAGUGGUGCCCAAACCAAUAGAACAUUGUGGAGAAAGCAGGAGGGUGAAGAACAGUAAGUUGCCUUGCCAAUCUCAUGUACAAGACGAAUGGAUUCACCUUGUUUUGUUCAUAUUCUUCUCAUUCAGGACUGGCAUAUACAAACAUCACUCGCUGUACCUUUAUAUUUGGUCCAUAUUGUAUCAAGUUUGCAGUAUGUUGUAGAUUGUAAUUGAUGUCUCUAUCUGUAGUGCUGUUCUUUCCCUGAUGGGUCAUCUUAAAAGCAUAGAGUUAAUAAUGUGUAUGAUAUCUAAAUUUUGUUUGAUUUUACCCGGUGCUGUAGUUCAUUGACUGUAAAAUGCAUCUUGAAAUUUGUGAUAUUAAAAAUUUCCUGCUGA